CUACUUUAUCUACUUUAGUAAGUAAUAAUUUUCUCUUCUCGUUGUAGAUUUAUGUAAAUGUACUUCAUAAGUUCUCAAAUGAUUAGAUAUUAUAUCUCUUAUGAGAAUUUACUUCUUUUAUAUCAUCAUUAUUUUAUUUAAUCUGCUUGUAGUGAGGUAGAUGAAAUGCGCACUUAUACCUCAUAAUUUAGGCUGUUUAAAGGAAUAAGGAACGAAGAUGAAUGGGAAUAAAGUGAAUAACGAUGCUCAGAUAGUAGAGAACCAUUUUUAGGAAACAGUUUUAACACUUUAUUGAAUUAUUUAUCUUACUUCGUUUGCACCAUAAAUAGGUAGGAUGUGUAGACAGUUGGAAUAACAAGCACCCAGUGAACUUCUUCACUUAUCAAUAAGUAUGAAAGCCCUUUCCAAUUUAUCAAUCCUUAUUCUUUUAUCUUCUAACUCUAGAAGAGAUAGUGUUGAAAUAAUUCAUAGCCUUGAGAGCUACCUACAUAGACAUCCAGUAGCAAUGAUUUAUGAUUCAUCUGCAUUUUGAUCAACAGUCAACUAUGUACACUGGAAACUAACUUUUCGUUUUAAUGACUAAAGUCGAUAUGAUGCAUUUGUUGCAUCACCAUACUUUUUCUAUACCUUCUUCACAUUUAUUAGUGUACAGUAGUGAUGAUAUAAACAAGGGAAAUAGAUUAAUAGAGAGGUUUAAUUGGUUUCACUUUGCAAACUGCAUUACAUCUUUAGAUAUGUAAGCGUACAACAAGAAGACUCUGGCAGUGUAUAAUUCCAUGUGAAUUUGUUUAUUAGGUAUUUUACACAGUGAAACGGUAUUAUCAACUGGAUGACGUUUCAGACAGAGUUUAUUGUUCAAAUUCGUAUGUUAGGUCAAGAUAUUCUAAUACUUGCAAAUGAGGAUAGUGAAGAUGUUGUGAAUACUUAUGAAGUCUAUCUGGAUGAGGUCAUUUGCCUGCUUCUGAAAUGCGCAUUUACACUUAUAAUACCAGCGAAGGGGCAACGAGAAGGCAUCACAUACCACAUCAAUAGCACAUACGCACAUUAUAUUGAGUACCACGGGCAGUGUAAUGAAAAAAACUCUACGCUCCGUUUACGUUGGAGUGAGACAGGUAAAGAUAGCCUAUGGAUAUUAGGAUUUACUCUUGUUGUACGCGACUUGGAAUACACACUGAAAGCUAUCUCGUUAAAGUACAAACUCAGUCAUGAUUACUGCUUGAAACAGUAAUCGACUUGAGAUCAGAAAGCCAUCAUUCAAUCAGAAGUGUACUUAUAUCAGAGAAGGACUUGAUAUACAUUGGUUGGUCACUGGAGAGUAACCAACCUAAUGUUGUCUAUUUCUAUGGGCUGACCCAAUCCCACCGAUCAUUUUGCAAUGCGACCACGAGACUAGGUAGCUCAACAUCGUGAUGCCGUUUGAUAGCUGUCAGCACAUAUGACUACACGACAUGAAUUUGAUUACUCUCCAGUGACCAAUCGGUGUAUCUGAUCGAGUCCUACAGAACAUCAGUCGCGACCCAAAUACCUCAGUGAUGACGUGGCUGACUACAACACUGGAUGACGCGGGUUCGAUUCUCUGGUGGGAGAUCAGUUCCAUCGAGGUUGUAGAUACGCCUUACUCAUGAGUACCAACAAGCACGAAACCUAGGUCCAAGGCUUCCUAUCGAUUGCCUCCAUUCAACUAACAUCUAUUAAAGUACAUCGCGAUGCUGAGCUACUUCCACUAACGAAGUAAAUUUAGUAUAGUAAUUUGGUUUAUAUUGUUAGAAAGUUCAUAAAAAAUUAAUGUUCUUGGUGUUUAUCACUUUUGAUAAAAAGGUUUUCUGUUAAUAUUCCAAACCAACAAAAAUUAAAAAUGUCUAUUCAAAUUCUGGUGUUACUGUUCUACUUUGAGAUGUUAACAGUUCAAAGUAAUAUUUCUAAUUAGACAUUAAAUAAAUAAAACGCUUAUCAUCUGUGUUGAUCAGAUGAGUCAAAAGUGAUGGUGGAUUGGAUUUUUGCAUUCGUUUUUCCCUUUAAGUGAAAUCUGAUUUAGGAUUGGUUAUUGCAUGCAAGUUGGAAUUCUCCAGCAGGUACUCUGUACUCCCUAACAUGGAAUAACAUUAAAAGUUCCGGAAUAUAUUAUUCAGUAACAUUUGUGGGCAGGAACCAGAUGUCAGUAGGUACUAAACGGUUUCAGUAAUCUUGAUUUUUCGUUUGACUUGCCAAAAGUUUUCAUUAAUUCUCCUGAGUUAGAUUCAGUGGAUCUAAAAAACUCUACGCUACCGGUGAAAUUGGUUCGGUUACACAUCACCAAGGGACUUAGUUGCAAAUAAGCUUAAACAAAG